AUGUUUGAGCAAGAGGGUUGCAACAAAGAUGAUUGGACCUUCAUCAGUGACAGGAUAAAGGGAGUUGACUUGGCAGUGAGAGAUACUUUUCCUAGAGCUACUAGGAGAGUUUGCUGCCAACACUUGUACAUGAAUUGCAAAAACAAUGGAUUUAGUGGAUCUGCUUUCUUCAAACUGUUUUGGAUAGCUGCAAAUGCACACAAUGAGUAUGUGUAUGGUAAAGCAUUAGAGAAGAUCACUGCUCAUGAUCCAAAUGCUGCUGCAUACUUGGACACAUGCCAGGAGCAGUGGUCCAGGCAUAUGUUUGACCCUGCUGUUUGUUGUGAUCACAACACAACAAACUUUGUGGAGUCAUUCAAUGCAUGCACAAAACCAUACAGAGACAUGCCUGUAUUCUCAUUGUUGGAAGCAAUCAGAAAGUGGUGUAUGGAGAGGGUUGGGGCAAGAUUUGACAUGGCAAUUGAUAUGGAGGAUGGUCAGUUGACUGAGUAUGCCAAGAAAGAGGUGGAUGAAAGAACAUGA